UUGUUCUCUCCUCUCACGCGACGUUUAAAUCUUUAAAAUGCGCGAGCAUAUGCGCGAGCGCCGAGUUGACUUCGCGGUCAGCGAAGUGCCCUUCGAUGACAAACGGUGAUUCAGUUCGCGUUCAGGUUUUGCAUGAAAUGCACGUCAAGUGAGCCGAAUAAAGAGCACCGUAAAAUAUUUGUCGAGAUCCGUAGAAAAAAAAAAAUGCCGCAAAACGGGCAGCAUCAGAACGAUAUCUUGUACAUCACGCAACCAACUCGCAAAAUUUUGCGCGCACUCGGCGCUUGGCCCUCCAUCAGUAAAGGGAGAUCCAUAUAUCCGAAGGCUCACAAUCUCUUGCUAAUCUGUAUAGCCUACGCUCUCCUUUCUUCCGACAUUAUACCCGGUAGCCUUUUCUGGGUAAUGGAGAAAACAACGCGCAUUAAACUACAGAUCAUCCCUGCUCUUAUCUACGACUUCAUGUCCGCCAUUCAAUACGGCAUCUUCAUAGUUCGCUAUGAUCAGGUCAGGCGAUGCUUGAAGCACGUUGAGGAAGAUUGGAAGAACAUUCUCAGUGCGGACGUACGAAACAUUAUGUUGCGAUCCGGGAGGACGGGAAAGCGUCUGGUUACGAUCUGUGGAGCCUUUAUGUACAGCGGCGCCUUAACUUUCCGAACAAUCUUACCGUUAUCAAUGGGAAAGACCGUUACUGAUCAGAACGUCACGCUGAGACACUUGACGCUGAGACACUUGGCCUGUCCGGGUUACUUCUUUUCCCUUGACGUUCAAGUUAGCCCUGUUUACGAAACGGUCUUUAUAAUCCAGCUUCUAACAUCAAUCGUUACAGUUUCGAUCGUGACAGCUGCAUGUGGCCUCACCGCGAUUUUCGUCAUGCAUGCCUGCGGCCAACUGAAAAUCCUGAUCAACUUGAUGAAAAGCCUCGUGCAGAAACAGUGGCUAGAGGAGCGUGAAGUGGAUAAGAAGUUAUCUGAGAUAGUCGAGCAUCAAAUAAGAGUGCGCAAAUUUUUACGAUUGGUACAACAUACUUUGCAGGAAAUAUAUCUGAUGGAAAUUCUAGUGAACUCGAUAACUAUUUGCAUUUUAGUAUAUUUUAUGUCAAUGGACUGGCAAAAUAGGAAUGUAACAUCUGUAUGCAGUUAUAUGAUAAGCAUUGCAAAUGUAACAAUCCAUAUGUUUCUAUUUUGCUAUACCGGUGAACAGCUUACAAGUCAGGCGGAAAAGGUAGCCAUUGCAUCUUGCGAACUUGAAUGGUAUCGUCUUCCGGACAGAAGAGCGCGUACUGUCAUAUUGUUGAUGAUUAUGUCUAACGCGCCAACUAAAAUUUCCGCUGGAAAGUUUGUUGAUCUCUCGCUCAAAACAUUUGGUGAUGUCGUGAAAACAGCUGGAGCAUAUUUUAACAUGCUCCGAAAUGUAAUCGAAUAAAUAUUUAAUUUUUAAUAUAGUUAAAAAUAUAACGUAAGUUGUAAUCAUUAUAUCAUGUUAUAUAAAUCAGUUAUAUGAGUCGAAUACAAGAUCUUAAUGCAAUGUACAUGUGAUGCAUAAAAAUUAUUUGAAUAUAUAUAAUAUUUUAUUAUA